AUGAAAAAAACAACAGCAAAAACUCCGACACACGAUAAACCGGAGUUGUACAAAUCUUACAACGACGAAGAAAGUUACGACUUUCCGGAUUACGAGGAUCCGGAUCACGACGUCAUCAGCUCCAGAAAUGACGUCGUCAACUCCAGAAAUUACGUCACGGACCACAGAGAUGACGUCAUGAAUUCCAAAAAUGGCGGCGGACGCCGUGGACAACCAUUCCACAGUAGACAGAAAAGAAAAUGUCGAAGCGACGAUUACUACGAUGACGUCAUUCAGAGAUGUUUGCACUGCGAAACCGUCUGCAGCCCCAAGUUCAAAAUGAAACUGGACUGCCCAGAAUGCCCAGAUUAUAAACCGUCAGAGAUGUCAUCCUUCCACCUACCAAACCAAGCCACAACGCUGAAGAAUACUUCUAAAUCAGAAGUCUUUUUGGCUACAAAUAAAUGUGAAGAAAAGUUAACGGCUCCCCGCCUUGCAGAUGGAGAAAUUUGUAAUAUCACAGAUAUAAGUAGACAAAAAUACGACGUCAUCAAUCAUAACAUCAACUACAACAACGUCAGCAACAAUUCAACUAAACUAACCUAUCCAGUAAAUCGACUUUUUAAUGAGGUUAUCGUUAAAACUAGAGACAGAUACGGCCCAAACUUCAACAACAACGACAACAUCAAUUCUAGCAACAACAACAAAAACAACAUUGUUUGUAAAUACAACAACUUUGAGCACGCAAAUAACAUUAACGCAAACAUUGCUAACAACAACAACAACAAUAAUAAUAAUAACAGUUCCCCAAACAACAUUAACAACAAAAUCAUCAACAACAAUAUAACCAACAAAAACAACAUCAACACUAAUAACAACAUUAAUAAUAACAACAACAAUAAUAAUAACGUCAAUAACAACAACUUCGCAAUCGUCGAUAAUAACGCCACUAGCAGCCUGGAUUUUUACGACAGCUACUACUCCUUGCAUAGCGACGUGAUCAUUCAAGAAAAUAAUAAGAAUAAUAAAAAUAAUAAUAAAAGCAACAAUAAAAAUAAUAACAAUAAUCGUUGUUGUAAUGAUUGUAACAAUUAUCACAAUCAUAACAAUUACAAAAUUAUUUAA